AUGUCAGAUGAUAUUGAGAAAACUGUCACUUACAAGCUUACUACUAAUAAAUUAUAUUUCGCUUUGCAAAUUGACGAGUCUACUGAUAUCAGUGGUAUAGCUCACGUACUAGGAUUUGUUCGUUUCAUUGAUGAAAAUAAAAUAGUGAAUCAAUUUGUAUGCAGUAAACAACUUACUGAACGUACAACAGGGCAGAAUGUUUUAGAUUCUACUUCGUCAUAUUUAGAUAAAUGUAACAUAACAUGGGACCAAUGUGUAGGAAUCUGCACCGACGGAGCUCCUUCGAUGAUUAGUUCUAUUAAAGGAUUUACAACAUUGGCGAAGAAAAAAAAUCCUAAUAUCAUAUCUACACAUUGUUUUUUACACCGAGAAUCACUUAUUUCGAAAACAUUACCUGUUACAUUAAAGUUCGUAUUGGAUCCAAUUGUAAGCAUGGUUAACUACAUAAAAUCGCGUCCAUUACAAUCACGCCUAUUUAAAAAACUGUGUUAA